UCUCCGUGGCAGACACAUAUUUGUUUCCUAAAUGCCAGCGAAGUGUGUGCGGAACGCGACAUGGAUCACGAAUGUCACGACCGAAUGACAGGAACGAUACCUGUCAUACACUCAGGUCAAAAGAAAGCAAAAACUCCGAGUUCGACGACGACCGCUCCAGAAAUGUGUGCCAGACCCGUGGGAUAAAAUGGGAGAGUAACAAGAAGAUUUCUCGAGGUAACCUAGUACCCGUUACCUUGCGAGGCUGGAAACAAUCAUUCCAGAUUUUCAAACGUAUUUCGAAAAGCAAGUAAGGAGGUAGGGAGAGUUGAAGAAAAGUCAUUUGCGGUUUAUUCGCACCAUGAAAAGUAGAAAGCACGUCUUGUCAAGCCACCGAGGACUGCACACGAUGGCAGAAGCAAGUGAAGGCUUCGGGAUCAAGAAGUCGGUACGAGGGCAGCUUCCUGUGCGUACACACCUAUCGAGAGAGAGAAAGAGCCCCGUAUUGCACAGAAGAGCUUCCAUCGAUCCGUACAAGAUGGGCGACGGCCUGGACCCAGAUCAUUCCUUCCUUCGGGGUCUCCGACAUGAGCAUGUCGUCCUAGAUGUGAUCAUUCGAAAAAGAAACCCACGUGGUUGGUCCAGAGGGAGGAGGAGGAGGCUCUGCAGGUACUGGAGAUUGUACGCGCGGUCAAUGACGAGAGGGGAACAUUUCCCGACGGAAGUCAGAUGCAAUGGUUGGAACCAUCAGCGAACAGGAAGGGACAGAUUCGAUGGCAUGAAUGAAUGUGUAGUAGAUGGUCAAUCCGUUUCCGGACUGUUCUCCCGAAGGUAUGGUUCGUGGUUUGUCUUUACGCUCUCUAUCGUAAGAGGUCGACUUGAAGGGUGGCGUGUUUUCGUUCUACGGCCAGGAGCUAGAAGGAUUUGGUACAUUUCAUGUCGAAAAAGGAUUCGGAGUCCGGCGUACAAUGAGUGAUGAUGUGACAGGGAGUGGCGUUCGGAGCGAUGACUACAAGUUAUUCCAUGAGGCGUAGCCCCAGGAGAACACGUGUGCGCGAAGUUGGGAAGUUC